ACUACCGGAGAAAUACGGCGGACGUGAGGACAAUCCACUCGUGUCAACAGUGGUCCCGGGGACGGCCUUGUCCCUCCUCCUCUCCCUCCUCUUCCUCACCUUCUCUCCUUGUCUUUUCCCUACCUCGUCGCCUGUGAUCUUCACCUCCUUCCCACCUACCCUGCCGGAGAGACGGGCAUCCCGUCUCUCGCGCCCGCCUCUGUCGUCACAAUGCGAUCCAGUAUCGCCUGCGCUCGUUGCCGUCGAAGCAAGAUAAAAUGUGUCAACGCCGGCAUCGAUACCACCUGCCGCGCCUGUGAAUCCUCCGGUCGAGAAUGUGUAUAUCCCGCCCCCGCUAUCGGGGUGGGCGGUGGUGCGGCCAAGCGAGACCUGGCCGCGCUGGCGGAAGGCGAGGAACGGAACAAUGAUUGGGAUAGCCCCAAGCGACAACGAUCUCGAAAGGCCCCCGGCAUCUCCUCGUCUGCCGCAAAGGAUGGCGCCCGAUCCGCACUCGACGUGCUCGAUUCGGCGAUCCUCACCACCAAGGUCUGGGAUGCGGUCUUCGAUCUCUUCCAGUCCCACUUUGCGACCAUGCUCCCCUUCCUGCAUCCUGCCUCCUUCAUCGGUCAAACGCGCCAACUCUCCACCCCCUCUACCAAUUCGUCCACCCAUCCAGAGCACUCGCGCGAUCCUGCGCAAAGUCCACCUGCGAGCAAGCCGGAUCCCAAUCCGCUCAUUCCCCUCGGUGUUCUCGCACUCACGGCCCGUUUCCACCCCCAACUGGUCGCUUUCCACUCUCCACCAUCCCCCGGAAAUCCAUCCAAUCCUCUCGUCGCCUCGGAGUUCUAUGCGACGGCGUUGCGUAGCCGGCUGGCUGGCGUCGACGGCGCCAGUCUCGCGGUCACGGACCUCACCCGGGUCCAAGCAUUGCUCAUGCUGGCGCUGCAUGAAUGGGGCAUGUGCCGCGGCAAGAGCGCCUGGUUGUAUGUCGGAAUGGCCAUCCGGCUCUCCCAAGCCAUGGGUCUUCCCUUCGAGCUGGAGAAUGAGCUGGCGUCUCGCGACGGGCCCCGGUCGCCCGUACUGAAGACGGAGGUCGAGAUGUUCGGUCUAUCCCGUCGGCCGGUGGAGCCCAGAGAACAGACCUCGGAUGAUAUCAUCGCGCUAGAGACGAAGCGUCGCACCUUCUGGGCAUGCUUCAUUCUGGACCGUUGCUUAAGCAGCGGCAAAUAUCGACCGCGUAUGAUCCGUGUUAAGGAGCUGGGUAUCCAACUUCCCAGCGAUAACGCCUUUGCGUUUGGAGAACGGGUCCGCACGUCCCGUCUCAGUGAGCCGGCUGCCCGCCGCCCGCAAUCGUUCGGCUCCCAGGGCGUUCAGAUUCCGAGCAUCCGGCAAAGUCUGGGUGCUCUUGGUGACGACCGGUUACCGAGUAAUGGUGCUCCCGAUCCCAAGUCUUCGUGGUCGCCUGUCUCGCGACGUAAGGAUUCCAGUGAGGAUGAAAUUGAUCGAUGGGAGGUUGGUGCCGAGGAAUCCGUGCUCAGUCGGGUGAUUCGUAUCAUCCGCAUCUGGGGAAGCAUUGCCAAGUGGUCUUGCGCUGGGGGAAGAAGAAACGAACAGUUGCCCCCAUGGCACCCAGACUCGCGUUUCUCGCAGCUUCGAGCGAUGCUGGGCGAGUUCCAGGAUAGCCUCUCGCGCAACUUGCAGUACUCUCCACGGAACACGGAUACGCAUAUCAUGUAUAAGAACACGCUCUCCCCGUAUACGGUGAUGCAUGUGGUCUAUUUUCUGUCGGUCAUUGUCCUCCAUCGUGCGUAUAUCCCAUUCCUGCCCGUACGAUGCUCGGAGCCGGUUGGGCCCUUGGACGAACCGCUGUUCCCCGUCGAGAAGCCCGGUGUGGCAGAGGCUUUCUGGCGUGAGAGCGCUCGGGAGCUCUUCAAUGCCGCCCGGCAGAUGAUUGACCUGGCGGUCACCUGCCAAGACCGCGGCGUCCUGGUCGAGAACCCUCUCGUCGGGUUUGCUGUCUAUAACGCCGCUUUCAUCGGCGUGUAUGCGGCCCACUUCCCCCACAUGGAUCCGGAUGCCGCUUUAGCUCCAAGAGACCGUAACACUCAAGGCCAGGCACAAGCCCGUAAGGCCCUUGACAUCCUGCGCGAUAUGCGGCUGCGUCUGAAGAUGGCGCGGGGUUGGUUCCGCACCCUCAACCGGCUGCAUAGUUAUUUCGCUAAGGUCAAGCGCGAUUUCCGCCGCUCCUCGCGUAAGAUGGACAUGGAUGGCGUUGAUGUGCAUAUGAACGGGGUUCGUCCGGUGCGUGAAGGCGGCGCUGGUGGAGGCCUUGAGGAAUUCAAGCUCUUGGAGAAGUUGUUCUUGGAGUUCGGUAUCAUCGAAGACCAACUGCCUGAUAACAGUACGGAGGAUGAUGGCCUGGCAGCAGUCAGUGAUCGGGCUACCAACCUCAGCGAUGCGGGCAGCAAUGCUGUUCGCAGUGAAACUGGAGAUACGGGCGAGCCUCCACUGGAUGGUGCAGGCGGACGCCGUGAGUCUUGGGUACCCAUCAAUAGCCCCGGGAUGCCACUCCCUGGCCCGGAUGGGGAGCGACGGCCUAGUCUGCCUUUGCCCCCAGGCCGCUCCUUGCAGUCCCAGUCUCCGUACUCUCUACCAUCUCUCCAGCACCAUCCUGACGCAGGACUAUACAACUCGUCUUCCCCCAAUCUCCCAUCUCUGGGACCCCCUGGCCCGUACGGUGCCCCGCCAACAACGACGGCAACAGGGUCCUCACAGUAUGGGGCACCGCCGCCCAACAACCGUUUGCAGCCUCUCAAUUCGUGGCUGAACAAUCGUCAGCAGCCUCCUCCGCCUUAUUCGCAGUCGCUGCCGCCCAUCAAUGCGGCUACGUCACACAGCUUGCCAUUGCUGCCCCCACCUGGCUCUGUCGGCCACCCGGGAGCGUCACCACCGGUAACACUUGAUGGGCUUGACACGGUCAACACCAACGGGUUGUGGUCGACCAGCCUGGGCGGAGAUGAUGUGCUGGCGUUUUUGGAGGGAUGUGAAUACGACCAGCUGCCGGCGACGACGCCGUCGGAGGUCGGUGUUCCGGUCGGGUGGCUCAGCACGGUGUGGACCGAGUUUGCCCGCUGAUGGGGUGGAUACAUACUCCCCACCAUUGCAUUUUGCCUUUGUUGCUUUGCCUUGAUUAUCUCUUUUUCCUUUCCUCCAUUCUUUGCUGAUGAUUGAGCGAUCCUUCGUCUGUACCAUUAUUUCUUAUGUGCGGCUUCUGUAUUGUAUGAAUAUCUAUGCGCGCUUCGGCGGACUGACGAGACCACGCGACACUUCU